AUGUGCCCAUCUAAUAUCCUUUAUCCGAAUAGUCAACAUUUCACGCAACUCUAUGAGCCCGUGGAAUCUGCUAGGCAAUAUGAUAUGCGUUCAAGCUUUUUGCACGAGUAUAUGGCAUUUUAUUUGCUUAGUCGUGGUGUCCAAAAACGGGCAUUUUUCGCUCUUAACACCAUCUUUUGGGUUCUUGGUUUAGGUUCCUUACUGAUCGGCUUGUGGUCUUAUGUAACAAAGCAGACUUACGUCGAUCUUAUUCCAUCAUCUUAUGGUACUCUUUCUGCGGUAGGCUUGUGUAUUGCGGCUGGACUUACAGUGAUAAUCAUAACAUUUGUUGGUUGUUUGGGAGUAUGGGUUGAGUCGCGCUUACUUUUAUUUGCCUAUAUAUUUUUCGUCUUUCUUCUGUUAGCUGUUCAAUUCGUUGUGAGUAUUCUUGCGUUGAAUUAUCAGUCAGAUAUAUAUGGACAUGUUCGCAGUGAUAUGGAACAAAGCUUAAAGUAUCAUCGGGAAGUAUUCACGAAUAGUCAGUUGACAUGGGACAAAUUACAGGAAGUGUUCCUCUGUUGUGGUGUAAAUGGUCCGGCAGAUUGGUUUGAUAACCAAAAGUGGUCAAACAGUUCUUAUGUUCCUGAUAGUUGUUGCAAUAAAAUUUAUUUAAAUCCGAAUUCUUCGAUGAAAAACUGUGGCAAAGACAAGGAAAAUUGGGACCUGUGGGUUGCAGUGAAGUUUAUACUAAUUGGAUCUUUGAAGAAAUUAAGAUUGCGGCUUACAUUGUUGUGGUCUUCAUUUGCAUUGAAAACUUUCAAAAUUUUUAUUUUUAACAACAUUGAUAUUAUCAAAUCCAAUUUAGUUGUUCCUUUUGGUACUGGUAUUUCUCAUAUUUCGAUCGGUUCGAGGAAUCCGGAUGUCAUACAAUUGCGCCAGCUCUACGUAUCAAUACUCGAAAGGAGUUAA